UAGGUUUAGGAUUGCAUAAACCACCCCGGUUUUAACCUUACUUCUACAACUCCAAAUUGAAAUUAUUGGAAGUGACAGGUUAGUGAUCCACAAAGUUUCAGGGCCACGGUGCCCUUUUAAUUUUAUGGAUUCACAAUGACGGGUUUUUUCAAACGUCCCGAAUUCCAAGUAUCAAAUUACAGCCCCACAUUUAUCGCAAGAAUCAUAAACGGGAAUGAAGUCCAAACGAAAAAUCUUUUUAUACAUGACCAUUGUUUUUAUGUUUGUAUUUUACGUUCUAAUGUCUUUACAAAUUUCAAACACGGAAGGUGAGCCAAAUUCAGGACAUAAUAUAGUUUCUGUGGAAGGCUGGGACUACAAUACGACUAGGGAUACUACACACUAUGUUUUAAAUACGAAUCUGAGCGCACAUAUUUGGCCAGAACACUUCUGUGAUCUCAAUUCAUUUUUACUUAUAAUGGUUUGCUCAGGACCUUCUAACUUUGAAGCACGAAGUGCUAUCCGAGAUACCUGGGGUCAUGAGCGAAUUAUUUUAGGUAAUAACGUGUCCUUAUUUUUUCUACUUGGAGAGACUGGGAAUAGUUCAUUACAGUAUGAUAUAAUGUUGGAAAGUGAUAGAUUUGGAGAUAUUAUUCAAGAACGCUUUCUGGAUUCUUAUAAUAAUUUGACAUUAAAGUCUGUAUUUAUGUUAAAAUUAGUUAGCAGUUAUUGUGCCAACUCAACCAAAUAUUUGCUAAAAAUCGAUGACGACAUGUUCGUCAAUAUGAUUCCAGUCCUACGAAUGUUGAGGGAUAGAAACAGCACCACGGACUUGCUUAUGGGAAAACUUAUUUGUAGAGCCAGACCCAUCAAAGAUACUUCUAGCAAAUGGUAUUCUCCUCAUUACAUGUACCCGCACCAAGUUUAUCCCAACUACGUAUCAGGGACUGGUUACUUGAUGUCGGUGGAUGUGGCCGAAAAACUGUACAAAGCAGCAUUGAAAACACCAAUUUUUCACUUGGAGGACGUGUAUAUUACCGGCUUGUGUGCAAAAAGAGCCGGUGUAAAACCGAAAAACAAUCCGUUAUUUACAUAUCAGACAAUGAAUUAUGACGUGUGUCUCUACAUGAGGCUCUAUACAGCCCACCGUUUCACCCCCUCAGAUAUACGUAAGACGUACACCCUUUUGAAAGAUGGUAACGUAACGCGAGAAUGCACCUAUCACAGAGGUCGACCUAAUUUCAGUGUCAACUGGAUUAUGAACAAUAUACUUAAAGUAAAUAAACCUAACAAGAAUAAAUGUGAAUUUCCUACGGAGGCGGAAGGUUGGGGUCGAAAUGUUUCGAGGAAUGUCAAGGAUUACAUCAGCGAAACGGCGGAACCACACAUUAUGCCAAAAAAUUUUUGUAACGAAAAGAGAAUCCUCCUAGUAUUUAUUCACUCGAAGUUUGAUAAGUUCGACGCUCGAAGGGCCAUAAGGGAGACUUGGGGCCAAAAACGUGAUAAUGUAAGUUUUUAUUUUUUGCUUGGAGAAGAUAAAAAUAGACAGCAUGAAGUACAACUAAAGUUGAAAGAUGAGAGCGAAAAAUAUAAUGAUAUAAUCCAAGAACGCUUUAUAGAUUCCUACAAUAACUUAACUUUAAAAUCUAUAAGCAUGUUAAAGUUGUUUUAUCUACAUUGUGUAGAUUCUUACCAAUACUUAGCAAAAAUCGACGACGAUGUGUUUUUGAACAUCGCAAACUUACUUGAAGAGCUUAAAAAUCGCAGUAUUACCACAAAUGUGUUACUUGGACACAUCUACAAUGGUACAAAGCCAUUUCGAGAUUCCACCAGCAAAUGGUUUGUGCCUUAUGAAGUGUACCCAGAUGAUAUUUACCCACCUUAUUUGUGCGGGGCAACGUAUAUAAUGUCAGCCGAUGUUGCAGUGAAACUUUAUCAUUUCGCUUUUGAAACGCCGAUUUUCUAUAUUGAAGAUGUUUUUAUUACGGGAAUGUGUUCAAAAAAAGCCAAUGUAACACUGGAAGAUAAUAGGAAUUUUAAUUGCUAUCCUGCGAAAAAAUACGUAUGCUUUAAUAAACAUAAAUACGUUUAUCAUUAUUUCGGCCCAAAGGAUAUCAUAAAUGGGCAUAGGCUGUUAAUAGACAAGAUGUGUCCUGCGUCUGGGUCAUGGCUGAUUUCUUUUUAUAACGUUUCUUGUUGCGGAAGUAUAGUCGUACUUAUUCUCUAAGAUCAUAAAAUUAAUCUAUUGUGUAAAUGGUAACCGAUAUUGUAUUGAACAGAAACCCCAGUCGUAGUUGUAUAAUCUUAGAAAAUAAGUACAACUAUAUUUUCGUACGUUUUUGGUAAACCACUUUU